AUGGCAACAAACACCGUCACAACCACCGCCGUGUCCGGUCACUCGGGCUUCGAUCCCAACCUGCUCGCAACCGCCCAGAUCGCCCUGCUCACCAGCGCUCUGGUCGUCCUCGCCACAACCCUCCUGCUCCAACACCUCGCCUCCCGCAACCCGGGGCUCGACCCGCGCGAACCGCCGCUGAUCCGACCCAGAAUCCCCUACAUCGGGCACCUCGUCGGCGCGCUGACCAGCCACACGGGCUACGCCCAGCGCGUCUGGGCCUCGCACCCGACCAAGCCCGUCGCGACCUUCUUCCUGGGCCCCGUCAAGUGCUACGCCGUGUUCCACCCGGACCUGCAGCACGCGGUGGUGCGGUCCCGCGCCGUCGAGUACGACGCGUACCCGGCGGCGGCGGUCCCGGCCGGCUUCGGCGUCGACCGGCGCGUCAUGGCGGUGCUCGACCGCCCGGACGUCUCGCGCCGCUACAUGCAGGCCGCGGGCAGCAUGCUGGGCGGCGACGCGAUGCGCAGCAUGGAGCGGCGCGCCUUCGCCUACCUCGCCUCCCGGCUCAACGCCCUGCCCCGCGCCACCCCCACGCCGCAGGGCCUGUACGUCUGGCUGCGCGACCUCGCGAGCAUGGCGACCGCCGAGGCCUUCUUCGGCCGCCGCAACCCCUACCGAACGCGCGGGCCCGGGCUGAUACGCGACCAGUGGACCUUUGAGCGCUGCCUCGGCACGCUGCUGCUGUCGCCCACCUCGGCCGUGGCGCGCGCCCUGGCGCCGGCGGGCUGUCGGGCCCGGGACAGGGUGCACGCGGCGCUGGUGGACUACUACGCCGCCGGGGACGAGGUGCACGGCGCGGCCGACGUGGUGCAGAAGCGCGCCGCCCUGCUGAGGGAGGCCGGGCUGAGCGCGGCCCAGUUCGCCCCGCACGAGAUCACCACCAUGCACGGCGCCACCAGCAACACCGUCCCGUCGCUGUUCUGGACCGUGGCCAACGUCUACCUCCGCCCGGGGCUGGUGGCGGAGUUGAGGGCGGAGCUGGAAGGAGUGCUGCAUGUGCUGGAGCAGCAGGACGGCGUCCGAGACGCAAAGCUGCUCGUCCGCAUAAAGACGGCCGAUCUGGAGCACAGCUGCCCGCUGCUGGCCAACUGCGUCCGCGAGGCCCUGAGGCUGUCGAGCCAGUGGAUAGGCUGGCGGUCGACGCACGCCGACAUUGAAAUCCCCGCGGACCAGAGCCCAGACGGGAGGGCGUACCUGCUCAAGAAGGGCGUGCAGGUCAUCAUGCCGGCCGGCAUCACGCAUCGGGCGCCGUCGUUCUGGUCGUCGGCAGCAGCGGCAGCAGCGCCCGAGUCUUGCAGCGACGGCAGCGGCGGCGGCGUGGAGGAGUUCGACCCGCAUCGGUUCGCGGCGCAGUCCAAGCACAAGAUCAGGUCGACAAAGGGCGGGCUGGGCUACGUGCCCUUUGGCGGCGGGCCGUACCUCUGUCCCGGGCGGAACUUUGCCAACGAGGAGAUCUUGGGGUUCGUUGCCGCGCUGGUGAUUGGCUUUGACAUUGUGGGCUUGAAGCAAGACAAUGUCAAAAUGCGGCCAGCGAGGAUAUUCGAGGUGAGUGCGAAGCCGGCCAAAGGAGGCGAUGGUGGCCGGGUGGAGAUAAAACGAAGGCACAGCUGGGAGCAUGUGAAGUUUGAGUUUGUUUGA